AUGGAGAAUAUAACAUUUCCAAGAAACGGUCGGUUUUCGAGGACAUCACCGGGGCAACCUUUCCCCGAUCGCGGUAACCUAGGCGAUAAAUCCGAUCGAGAGAUCGCCCGAAACAGGUCUAAAUAUAACAACAGCGAGAGCUCGGGCUGCCUACACGCACAGGGUGGGCCCCGACGAGGGGUGGCCACCCGGAACCACCCCCCCGUACCACCCCCCGACGCGUUAGGGCGCGUCCGCAUUGGCAGAAACAGCGGUUACCGCGGU